AUGAGCGAGCAGAAGCCUACGAAUGAUGAGCAGAAGGAGACGACUGAAGAGGUGACCAAGGAGGAAGAGGAAGGCGGACUGUUCAAUGGAGCGCUUAACCUUCUUGAGCAGCUGAAAGGGCUCUCAGUUGAGGACAUGAGGGCGAUGCUCAAGGCGCCGCCACAACCCGAGAAGGUGCUGUCGGAGCCAACCCUCGAGGCUGUGGCCGAGGCCAUCAGGGAGGGCAAGUGCCACAAGGUGAUCGUUAUGGCGGGUGCCGGCAUCAGCGUGGCCGCGGGCAUCCCCGAUUUCCGUUCGCCCGGCACUGGCCUAUACGACAAUCUUCAGGUCAGGCCCUGUAAGUACAACUUGCCCCACCCGACGGCGGUGUUCGAGCUGGGCUACUUCAAGACCAACCCCAAGCCCUUCUACACCCUCGCCAAGGAGCUCUACCCGGGCAGCUUCGUGCCCACGCCUGCGCACCACUUGGUCAAGCUGCUGCACGACAAGGGCGUCCUCCUUCGGGCCUACACACAAAACAUCGACGGACUGGAGAGGAUCGCCGGCGUGCCGGACGACAAGAUCAUCGAAGCCCACGGUGCCGCACUGAGCACGAGCACAGCUAUGUCAAGGGUAGGUUCGCCCGAGCGUACGUGGGAGUGUGGUGUGCUGUCCAGGCAAGACUGGAACUGA